CCAAAACAUAUAAAAAGAAACCCUAGCCUAUCGCUUUUCUUCUUCUUCUUCCUGGAGUGGUGUGCCGCUGCUAGACAAAAAUGGUGUCGCUGAAGCUACAGAAGCGUCUAGCCUCCAGUGUGCUCAAGUGCGGCAAGGGCAAAGUGUGGCUCGAUCCCAACGAAAGCAAUGAAAUCUCCAUGGCUAAUUCUCGUCAGAACAUUAGGAAAUUGGUCAAGGAUGGGUUUAUUAUCAGGAAGCCGACUAAGAUUCAUUCCCGCUCUCGUGCUCGUAGAAUGAAGGAAGCUAAGAGGAAGGGUCGACAUGCUGGAUAUGGUAAGCGGAGGGGAACUAGGGAGGCUAGGUUGCCAACAAAAGUCUUGUGGAUGCGGAGGAUGAGAGUGCUAAGGCGUCUUCUCCGUAAGUACAGGGAAGCAAAGAAGAUUGACAAGCACAUGUAUCAUGAUAUGUACAUGAAGGUGAAGGGUAAUGUGUACAAGAAUAAGAGAGUUUUAAUGGAGAGUAUUCACAAGUCCAAGGCUGAAAAGGCUCGUGAAAAGACCUUGUCUGACCAGUUUGAGGCUAAACGAGCAAAGAACAAGGCAAGCAGGGAGAGAAAGUUUGCCAGGAGGGAAGAACGCCUUGCCCAGGGGCCAGGAGAAAAAGCACCAGAAGCUCCACCAGCAGCAACUCCAGCAGCUCAAUCUCAGCCAUCAAAGAAGUGAAACAUUUCAGUGAAGGAAAAUUCAGUACGAGUCUGUGUUUAGCUCUAGUGUUUUUGACCACCAUGGUUUUAUGUUUUCAUCAUUUAUUGUUAAAAGGGUUGGUUAUAUCUAGAUGGAAGGAGAGUUUAAAUCUUGAUACUUUGUUUAAAAUUCUCGUAUCUAGAUGAAUGAAAUUUAACUCAAUACUGUGUUUUAAACAGUGUUAUUAUA